ACGUUACAACCCGGAAGGAUUGCCCUCUUCUGUUAACGUUUGAAUAAACAAGAAUGACCCAUUUGUUUUAGGAAAAGAUUGCAAGCGACGUGUCAAACAUAUAUAGUAUAUUUCAACUAAGUAAUAUCGAUGUCUUGUUUAGAGUAUUUAUGUGUGGAAAUUAUCGAAUGUGUGUAGCAACGCCCUAAUGCCAGCCACCUUGUUGGGGAAAAAGAGCCCCGUUGUGUUUACAAAUCGAUAAGCAUUAUUGUUACCCUGAAGUGUAAUAAUAGUGGUGUUUUUUGACGAAGAAAAUAUGGCCGAAUUGCAUGUUGUGGAGCAGAGUGUUACUGCCACAAUAGAACAAACCGAGCACCGAGAUGUCCGAGGCUCUGUUCGGCUGGCUGCUUCGCCCACUCUCAAGGUUUCACCGCGGAGUAGCUUGCCCACCAGUCCUGGGGUGUCGAGUACGAGUAGAGCGGUGUUUGGGUUCCCAAUGAAGAGCAACCUCAGUUCCCCAUCGGAGCAAGCCGAGAAGCCAGAAUCCCGCUGGGUUUGCCUAAAUGUCGGUGGAACCUAUUUUGUCACAACCAAACAGACAUUGUGCAGGGACCCCAAAUCGUUCCUGUACCGAUUGUGUCAAGAAGAUCCAGAUUUGGACUCUGACAAGGAUGAGACGGGUGCUUACCUAAUCGACAGGGACCCCACAUACUUUGGCCCCAUUCUGAAUUACCUGCGGCAUGGGAAAUUGAUCAUGGACAAGAACCUGGCAGAGGAAGGUGUCCUUGAGGAGGCGGAGUUCUACAAUAUUGCAUCACUAGUAAGGCUGAUCAAGGAGAGGAUACGGGACAACGAGAACAGGACAUCUCAGGGCCCAGUGAAGCAUGUGUACCGGGUGCUGCAGUGCCAAGAGGAGGAACUCACCCAGAUGGUGUCCACAAUGUCAGAUGGCUGGAAGUUUGAGCAGCUCAUAAGCAUCGGCUCGUCCUAUAACUAUGGCAACGAGGACCAGGCUGAAUUCCUGUGUGUGGUUUCCCGGGAGCUCAACAACUCCACUAACGGCAUUGUUAUCGAGCCCACUGAGAAGGCCAAGAUCCUCCAGGAGCGAGGUUCACGGAUGUAAAGAGACUCCCAGGCCUGAGCUCACCCUUCUCAGCUCAUGUGACAUUUCCUGACGUCUCCUGCACCACCUCAGCCAUGGUUCAUAUCUUUACCCCUUCCACCACCAGCCCCACUCUCCCUUUCACCUCCCCCUCCUCUGGGUGUGCCUUUCCACAGUGGGGGGGUCCCAUCCUCCUCGCCUACAGUGCUACAACAUAAUCCCAUUGCCAUUUCUUAUUCUCAGUUAUAUUCGUGUGAACAUUUUGAGGGAUUCUGAAGAGAUGACAAUAGAGUAUUUAUUAUUAAAUGUAAUACCUUUUGUCAUAAGUUUGAUUUUGAAGAUUCCGGUUUUGCCCCUGAUCAUAGCCCCCCAUCUUGUCCAUAGUACAUCCACACAGAGCUAAAUCAUUGUCACUGUCCUCAUUCAGGUGAUCACACAGCUAAUGGGGAGCUGUUUCCUUUUCUGUCUGGCUUUGUUGACUCGGUGGAAAUCUCCUCAGGACUUUCAAAGGACAAAAAAAGAAAGCCGAAAAAUCUACUGACUGUGACCUGCCCCCUUCUACAACCCUGAAGAUUCACCUAUGGGGUGAGAGGAUGCUGUAAGCAACAUAGCUCACCCUCUGACCUCCACUCCUAGUCCUUACAUCUCCACAGCUGGAGCGCUAAGGCAGUUCAUAGUUGCUUUGGGAGGCUGAAAGCCGAGAGGUGGGGCUAAGGACAGAGAAGUAAGUCACAGGAAUAUUCUACAGCCCUCAAAUUCAAAUCUGGACCUCAAAGCCAGUUCUACUGCUUUUUUUUUUUUCCUCUAAUCGUGGACUGAUUUUUAACCUGGGACACCAGGUGGGUGCAAUUAAUAAUCAGGUAGAACAGAAAGCCAGCAUCUCUCUUUUGGUCUUCUUGUGCAGUCAGUCCUGCUCUCACAGCAACUCUUGCCCAAUAAGACCAGACGAUAGUGGGGAGAUACAGACCCUUGUCUAACAGAGGCUCCACCCCACCAUAGUUCGUCAGUGACUUCCACUGCUGAGCAUCCAUCACACACAUUUUCUUUUUGGCUCGGGUCAAAGUCCUUUCUCACCAGGAGGGCACAUAUUUUCUUACAGCCAUACUAAGGAUGUUUCAGUGCAAAAGAAAACACACAACUUAAAAGACUAAACCACAGACACAUGUACACAAUUGUCAGGCAUGUGAGGAAUAUAAAUCUAUAUAUAAUGAAAUUAUAUGGAGAAAAAAAAUGAAUGCAAAUGAUGUAGUUAUUCAUUUCUGUUUCAUAGUUGUUGUAUUUGUGUAGUAUGGUGAGUUCUAUUCUGUUGAGUGAGGAAAUAUCACUCCUAAACCAAUUUUCCUGAGGUGUUUCCCCCAAUGACAAAGGUGUACGUUUGUGUAUGUAGUGCCUCUGCUAUUCAUCAAUGAUUGAAAUUAUGAUCAGCGACACAACUUCUAAGUAGAUUUUUUUUGUUACUUAUAACCCUUUCAAAUUAUCCUUCUCGCAGAUAUACUAUUAUGUUCUCUUGCAUAUCUUAGAAUUGUAAUCGGAGAUUAGAGACGGGGUUUUUGAAUAAGCUUUUAUUUGACAUCGAAAGAUGGUAUGUGUCCUAUACAGUGGUCUUGUGACCCUGUUGGACUUGUAUCCAUCUAUAUGAUGCCUCAAAGCCUAGGGCCCCUUUUCCCUCUGGCGUUGUUUCAUUUUCAUGCCAAAUGUCACUCGCUCUGCAUUUGCCUGUUGCACACCUUGGUGUACAUUCAGUUAACAGCUUUGCUUAACAUUUUGCAGUAUUUACUGUGUUAAUUCUAGAGUAUGCUGAAAGGAAUGUUUUAAAUGCAUACGUUUGGAUCUUUUUAUAGAGUAGACGUAACCACAGGAACAUUGGGUACUGAAAAUUCUGCAUGGAUUUGACUUCAGCUUUUUAUUUGUUACAUUGGGGGAAAAAAUAAGGAAAUUCUACCUUGUUUAUCACAGUGUCACAUCCCUCUGUGCCAACCAACAGUGAUGGGUACCUAGCUUGUCUGGAGUAUACCUCUUAUUAUUCACAUAUCAUUGUCCCAGGAGUAAAUCCUGCCAUUACCCCAUUUGUAAUACUUCUGAAAAGUUAAAUUUAUUCAGUCAAUCUGACUGUGUACUUAAAUGAAGUACCCCACAGGUAACCAAUAUCACAUAAUUUUUGUUUUACUGGCGUCACAAAAUCCAUUUUCCCGUGUAUAAUGAAUAUUUGGUGCAAUUAUGUUAUAUCAGCAUGAUUUAAGAAUGCGUUCGGCUUAAAACACACAAAUAAUUACCUGUGCUGUUGUCAUGCUCCAUGACUGUUUUAUCAGACUCUAGAGCUCUGACAAUGUUGCUGUGACUUUUAUUUCUCCUCUUGGAGUGGAUGUUGUGCAAUUCUACUACGAAACUGAGACAAAAGUGCAGUAGUGCACAGACUGUGCUGCUAGAAGAAUGCCUGACUGUCUGAUAGAGAGACACCUUCUCCUCUUUGGGCCUUUUUCAAAGCUCCCAGAGGUUGUUCUAUUUCCCUUUGUCGUGUCCAGUGUUGUGCCUUUGACCUGUGUUGUGCACAGUUGUCCCCCCGUGGUUUGAGGCUCGUAUCGGAAAUGAAAAGCUACAAGACCCAGAGGGACUCGCGUUGUGUGGUCCUCGGUUGGUUCAAUCUUCCAUUAUUAGUCAGUGAGAGGAAAAAGCCCCCUGGAAUAGACCUUUACGAGUCUAUUCUGUCAUCAAGACUAAGGCCUGUUUGUUCAUGUAUAAUGCAGAUUAUCAAACUUAACUCCUUAUCUUUUAAUGCCAAUACUUUUGAACCAAGCCUCCCGUAUUGACCCCUGUAGCUCCUGAACCUUUGCCUGUGUUUGUCGCUGCAUUCUUCCGGUGUCCUUUCCUGAAAUGUGUGUAGACUGUAGGUGUGGUUGGCUUUGUAAGUUUAUCCCACAACCGAGGCAGAGAAAAGGAGACCGUAGUUGUAAUCAAAGCAGUGCCCCAGUAUAUCUUAGUAAAAACCAGCAGUGCUCUUUUCUUUUGGAAAAACGGCGACUGCAUAAGCCACGUUUAUUUGGCUUUCUCUCUUGAAUUGCAUGUUUAAGGCAAUUUAUGCUGAUUAUUUUGAUGCCAUGAUAACUAUACUGACAGUUGUUUUACUGUAUUGUUUGCAUUCACUUUUGAAGCACUUAUUUUUACAUUCAGUGAACCCAAAUGUCUCCCUUUGACAUUUAUUUGUUUUGUUUAUACUUGCAGAUUGAUUCAUCCGAUUUUGGGAACUUUUUAUUCGGAUAAAAACGAUCAUUGCAAAAAAAUAAAGUGUUCCCCCAUCACUGUACUAUUCAGAUAUUUGUGCAAUUUUAACAAAUCUGCAAAAAAAUACUCUCAUUCUGGCACGUAAAAACAUGAGAGCAUGCAUUGUACUAGAGAUUGUUUUGUACUGGAAUUUGUCUGACCUCUGUGUUAGUGCAAGUGUAUUUGGUGCAUGGUUGGAGAGCAGAGGGAAGGCAUGGCUCUGUGUUAGGUGUAGAUUUUUUUGUGUGGAACAGUGGGUCUGCAACUAGAAGUAUUCUCUAAUCAUGCUUUGUUUUUAUGUUGUUUUUGUAUCCUGUCAUGUCAAUUUAACAGUAGGCCUAGGUAAAAAAAAAAAAAAAAAAGAACUAGCUUAAAGUUAACCUCAAAUUAACAUACACUCCUUGUCAAAUGAAAACUGAACAAAACUGCAUACCCCAACCUUGGAUUUAGUAUCAACUCAAACUAAAACUCCACAUGCAAAAUGAAAAGGAUCAUUUGAAUCCUGGCUCAUUCUGCCAUAGUUAAUCUGUAACACCUGCAUGCAUUUAUAAACAUACACACAUACACAUUUAGACGUACUGAAAAUGUCAACUAUUAAAAGUUAUUUUAAGUGUAUUAAUUUAUCAACAGUAUUAAUGUCAAAUGUGAUUAUUGUCAAUGGAGACUGUGGAGAACGAAACAACUUUUUGUCUGAUGUCCUUUUUGCUUUUAUUUAUUUUAUAUUUUGGAAUUUUGUCUACCAAUGCAGUUUCUUUAAAUGUAACAUUUUUAACAAAAUCCAGUCUGGUUUUUAAUCAUAAAAUGUGUCUGUUUUAAAA